ACCACAUCAACUAUUUUAAGGAGUCAUCAGCGUAUCCACACUGGAGAAAAGCCGUACAAAUGUGAUCAGUGUGGGGCAGCUUUUACCCACCAAGGUAAUCUAAGGCGUCAUCAGCGUAUCCACACUGGAGAAAAGCCGUACAAAUGUGAUCAGUGUGGGGCAGCUUUUACCCAACAAGGUGAUCUAAGGAGUCAUCAGCGUAUUCACGCUGGGGAUAAGCCAUACAAAUGUGAUCAGUGUGGGGCAGCUUUUACCCAACAAGGUAAUCUAAGGCUUCAUCAGCGUAUUCACACUGGGGAUAAGCCUUACAGAUGUGAUCAGUGUGGGGCAGCUUUUACCCACCAAGGUAAUCUAAGGCGUCAUCAGCGUAUUCACACUGGGAAUAAGCCUUACAGAUGUGAUCAGUGUGGGGCAGCUUUUACCGAACAAGGUGAUCUAAGGAGUCAUCAGCAUAUUCACACUGGAGAUAAGCCUUACAGAUGUGAUCAGUGUGGGGCAGCUUUUACCAAUUCAGGUAAUCUAAGGAGUCAUCAGCGUAUUUACACUGGAUUUAAGCCGUACAAAUGUGAUCAGUGUGGGGCAGCUUUUACCCAACAAGGUCAUCUAAGGAGUCAUCAGCAUAUUCACACUGGAGAAAAGCCGUACAAAUGUGAUCAGUGUGGUGCAGCUUUUACCGAACAAGGUAAUCUAAGGUGUCAUCAACGUAUUCACACUGGAUUUAAGCCUUACAGAUGUGAUCAGUGUGGGGCAGCUUUUACCCAACAAGGUGAUUUUAGGCAUCAUCAGCGUAUUCACACUGGAUAAAAAAUAGUCUGUGAUCAG